CUCACAAGAUACCAUUAUUCAUUAAAUUAUUUGUGAUAAGUGGAAAGAAUGGCUCCCAGCCCGCCCAAAUUCUCUUCUCCACCUCGUCAGCUUUCCUGUGUUUGUCUUGUCCAUGUUUAUGAUGGGGGCAGUCGUUCAUUUGCCUUCACAUUACGUCAUUUUGAAAGCCAAUGAGCUACGACUCUGAACGCGCAAAAUUUGAAAGUUACCCGGAAGUCAUGCGACGUCGCUAAUGUCAGAAAUGUUUUCUUCGGUCACCACCUUACAUUGACUCGUGUUUUAAUUUGUUAUAUUCGUUGAAUAGGAACGUUUGAUGUAAAGAUAUGUUGAAGUUUAAAUACGGAGGGAAUGGCGCUAGCGUGAAAGACUUAGCCACGCUGGACCCCAUCACCAGUCGUUGCUCUCGUCUCAAUCAGCUGUUACAGGGAAGGGGAGGUAUCCAGGCGCAGUCCGGAUGCGCCGUUACACGGGAAGGGCUGCUCGAGGCCCUGCUGCUUCUCUAUCAGGAGUGCAGUAGUCCAGAACUGAUGAAAAUCAAACAUGUUGCAAACUUUGUCAAUAAAUUCUCCGAUGUGGUGGGUGAGCUUCGGGAGCUCCAGCCUGCCCCUCGGGACUUUGAGCCGAGGGCUGUGGUGGGAAGGGGUCACUUCGCUGAGGUGCGUGUGGUCCGGGAGAAGGCCACAGGGGACAUCUAUGCCAUGAAGGUCAUGGACAAGACAAGCCUGCGCAGCCAGGAGAACUUGGCCUUUUUCGAAGAGGAGAGAUCGAUCCUGGCUGUCAGCUCCAGCCCCUGGAUCCCUCAGCUUCAGCAUGCCUUCCAGGACCAGGACAGCGUCUACCUGGUGAUGGAGUACCUGCCUGGCGGGGACCUGAUGGGCCUGAUGAACCGCUACGAGGAGCAGUUUGAUGAGGCCAUGGCCCAGUUCUACCUGGCCGAGCUGGUGCAGGCCAUUCACACCGUGCACCUAAUGGGAUACGUCCACAGAGACGUCAAGCCGGAGAAUGUCCUGAUCGACCGCACGGGGCACAUCAAACUGGCAGACUUCGGCUCAGCAGCCCGGCUUACGACCAACAAGACGGUUGGCUCUGCCAAGCUUCCCCCUGGCACUCAGGACUUCCUGUCCCCCGAGGUGUUGGCCACGUUGAGCGGGGGGCAGGCCAGCUACGGGGUGGAGUGUGACUGGUGGGCGCUGGGCGUCAUCGCCUAUGAGAUGAUCUACAUGAAGUCCCCUUUCACCGACGGCACUGCCACCAAGACCAUCCACAACAUCAUGAAUCACCAGCACUACCUGAAGUUCCCCAAAGAGCCGAAGGCGAGCAAGGCGUUUGUGGACCUGGUUGGCAGCCUGCUGUGCGGUGCCAAGGACCGGCUGGGCUACGAGGAGCUCCGAUGUCACCCUUUCUUCUCCUCCGUGGACUGGACCUCCCUCAGACAAGCACUCCCUCCAUUCGUUCCUUCGCUCCGAGCCGAGGAUGACACUUCCAAUUUUGAGGACCUGGAGAAGCCGCCACCCCGGCCGCUGGCUGCCCAGCGCAACCUCCCGCCAGCGGGCUUCCAGGGCCAGGACCUGCCCUUUCUAGGCUGGUUCUUCAGCAAGGCGCUGACCACACUGGCCAGAUCCGAAUCAGUGGCUGCAGGCCUGAAUUCUCCUGCAAAGACCAACUCCAUGGAAAAGAAGCUUCACCUAAAAAGCAAAGAACUUCAAGAAACACAAGACAAAUGUCACAAGAUGGAGCAGGAGAUCUCGCGGUUUCAGCGUAAGAUGACAGACCUGGAGUCAGUCCUUCAACAGAAGGACGUGGAGCUCAAGGCCUCAGAGACGCAGCGCAGCAUCCUGGAGCAGGACCUAGCCACCUACAUCACAGAAUGCAGCAGUCUAAAGCGCAGCUUGGAGCAGGCGCGGGUGGAGGUGUCUCAGGAGGACGACAAGGCUCUGCAGCUGCUACACGAUAUCCGGGAGCAGAGCAACAAGCUGCAGGAGAUCAAGGAGCAGGAGUACCAGGCCCAGCUGGAGGAGAUGCAGGUGACCAUUCGGCAGCUGGAGGAGGACCUGUCGGCCGCCCGUCGCCGUAGCGACCUAUACGAGUCCGAGCUGCGUGAGUCCCGUCAGACCAGCGAGGACCUGAAGAGGAAGGCCGUGGAGUACCAGCAGCGGAUGCAGAAGGCUAAAGAGCAAGGCAGGUCCGAGGUGGAAGAGCUGCUAUCCAAGCUUGAGAAGACUAAUGCUGAGCAGCAAGCAAAAAUUCUUGAGCUCCAAGACAAACUCUCCAAAGCAGUGAAGGCGAGCACCGAGGCCACGGAGCUGCUGCAGAACAUCCGGCAGGCCAAGGAGCGUCUGGAGCGCGAGCUGGAGCGACUACGCAGCAAGUCCGACCCCAGCGACACGCUGCGCAGACGCCUGCGAGAGACAGAGGAGGGCAGGAAGACCCUGGAGAACCAGGUGAAGCGUCUGGAGAUUGUGGAGCGAAGGGAGAACAAGCUAAAGGAUGACAUCCAGACCAAAUCCCACCAGAUCCAGCAGAUGGCUGACAAGAUACUGGAGCUGGAGGAGCACCUGAGAGAGGCUCAGGUCACCACCCAGAGGAUGGAGGCUCAUCUGGUGCAGAAGGAAAGACACUACGAGGACAAAAUCAAGGUUCUGGAGGCCCAGAUGAAGGCGGACCUGGCUGAGAAGGAAAGCCUGGAGAACAAACGGGCCCAGCAGGAGGAGGAGGCCCGCGAGAAGUGCAAACUCAUCAGCGAACAGAAAGCGACCAUCAAUGCCAUGGACUCCAAGAUGAAGAACCUGGAGCAGCGUAUUGCAGAGCUCUCAGAGGCCAACAAGCUGGCCGCCAACAGCAGUAUCUACACUCAGAAGAAUAUGAAAGCCCAGGAGGAGAUGAUCUCGGAGCUCCGGCAACAGAAGUUCUACCUGGAGUCCCAGGCGGGCAAGCUGGAGGCCCAGAACGCCAAACUGGAGGAGCAUCUGGAGAAGCUGACCCAGCAGGAGCAGAUCAAGAAGACCAGGCUCAUCGAGCUGGAGACAAGGCUCAGAGAGAUCGGUCUGGAGCACGAGGAGCAGAAGCUGGAGCUGAAGCGCCAGGUGACGGAGCUGACGCUGUCGCUGCAGGAGCGCGAGUCGCAGAUCAGCGGGCUGCAGGCGGCCAGGCACGCCCUGGAGAGCCAGCUGCAGCAGGCCAAGACCGAGCUGGAGGAGACCACCGCCGAGGCCGAGGAGGAGAUCACCGCUCUCAGGGCCCACAGAGACGACAUCCAGCGCAAGUUUGAUGCUCUGAGGGAGAGUUGCUCGGUAAUAACGGACCUGGAGGAUCAGCUGACGCAGCUGAGUCAGGAGAAUGCCGAGCUGAACCGCCAGAACUUCUACCUGUCCAAGCAGCUGGACGAGAUGAACGAGGACCGCGAGGAGCGCAUGCAGCUCAGCCAGGACGUGGACCGCCUACGCCGCGAGGUGGCCGACCGAGAGAUGCACCUCAACAACCAGAAACAGAACAUUGAGACCCUGAAGACGACGUGCAGCAUGUUGGAGGAGCAGGUGGUGGAGCUGGAGAGCCUGAAUGACGAGCUGCUAGAGAAGGAGAGGCAGUGGGAGAACUGGAGAGGAGCCCUGGAGGACGAGAAGCACCACGCAGAGAGACGCACACAGGACCUGCAGAGACUACUGGACAACGAGAAACAAAACAGGUUGCGUGCGGACCAGCGCAGCUCGGAGUCUCGUCAGGCGGUGGAGCUGGCGGUGCGCGAGCACAAGGCCGAGAUCAUCGCCCUGCAGCAGGCACUCAAGGAGCAGCGGCUCAAGGCUGAGAGCCUGUCAGACACACUAAAUGACUUGGAGAAGAAGCAUGCCAUGCUGGAGAUGAAUGCUCGCAGCCUGCAACAGAAACUGGAGACAGAGCGGGAGCUCAAGCAGAGGCUGAUGGAAGAGCAAGGGAAACUUCAGCAGCAGAUGGACCUCCAGAAGACCCACAUCUUCCGCCUGACGCAGGGCCUCCAGGACGCCCUGGACCAGACUGAUAUCCUCAAGACCGAGAGGACAGACCUGGAGUACCAGCUGGAGAACAUGCAGGCUGUUUACGCUCACGAGAAGGUGAAAAUGGAGGGAACCAUAUCCCAACAGACCAAACUCAUCGACUUCCUGCAGGCCAAAAUGGAUCAGCCCAGCAAGAAGAAGAAGGGCAUCUUUGGGCGUCGUCGCGAGGACAUGAUUGGUGCCAACGGUAAUGGGUGUGGAGCAGUGGGCGGCGCCCCCAUGCAGCCGGCGGUGCCCAUGCCCUACGGAGACAUGAAGGUGGCACUGGACAAGGAGCGCGCCCGCUGCUCAGAUCUGGAGGAGGCCCUGCAGAAAAUGAGGAUAGAGCUGCGAUCGCUACGAGAGGAGGCGGCUCAUUUCAAGGCCCAGGAGCACGUGGCUCCCUCCACUCCAGCCAGCGCGCGGCAGCAGAUCAUCAUGUCGGCCAUCGUCAAGUCCCCCGAGCACCAGCCCAACCCCAGCAGCCUGCUGGCCCCCAGCUCCACGCGCCGCAAGGACCCCUCCACCCCCGAGGAGAAGAGGAGGGUCACUUUCGAAAAGUAUGGGCGCCGUGUGAAGGAGAGAAUGCAUCACAAUAUUCCGCACCGCUUCACAGUGGGCCUGAACAUGCGCGCUGCCAAAUGUGCCGUCUGUCUGGACACCGUUCACUUCGGACGCCAAGCUGCCACCUGCCAGGAGUGCAACACGCUGUGCCACCCCAAGUGCUCGCCCUGUCUGCCCGCCACGUGUGGCCUGCCGCCGGAGUACGCCACCCACUUCAGCGAGGCUCUGUGCCGUGACAAGGCCGCCUCGCCCGCCCUGCAGGUGAAGGAGGCCAGCGGGCACGUGCGGCUCGAGGGCUGGAUGAAACAGCCCAGGAAUGCGAAGAGAGGUCAGCAGGGCUGGGAAACUAAGUAUGUGAUUCUGGACGGGACCAAAGUCUCAAUCUUUGAGGUGGAGCCCAGAGACGACUGUGUGAAACCUCUGGAGGAGUUUGAGCUGUGUCUGCCUGAUGGAGAGGUGACUGUGCACGGAGCAGUGGGAGCAUCUGAGCUCAUCAACACCGCUAAGUCCGACAUCCCGUAUGUGCUGAAGCUGGAGUCUCACCCCCACACCACCUGUUGGCCGGGUCAGUCGCUGUACUUCAUGGCCCCCAGCUUCCCAGACAAGCAGCGCUGGGUGGCUGUUCUGGAGUCAGUAGUGGCCAGCAGCCGCGGCACCAGGGACAAGGCCGAGUCGGACGCGGCAGGAGCUGUUAAGAGACAGAAGACUCUUUCUCCACUGGUGCAGAAGCUCCUGGGUAACUCUCUCCUGAAGUUGGAAGGUGAUGACCGCUUGGACAUCAACUGCACCUUGCCCCUCACAGACCAGAUUGUGUUAGUGGGUUCAGAGGAGGGUCUGUACGCGCUGAAUGUGAUCAAGAACUCCCUGACCCACAUCCCUGGACUGGCCUCCGUCUUCCAGAUCCAGAUCAUCAAGGAGCUUGACAAACUGCUCAUGAUCACAGGGGAGGAGAGGGCGCUGUGCCUGGUGGACAUCAAAAAGGUGAAGCAGUCCCUGUCCCAGUCCCACCUGCCGGCCCAACCAGACCUCUGCCCCUUCAUCUUUGAGACCGUCAAGGGCUGCCACCUCUUCGCCUCAGGCAAGAUUGAGAAUGGACUGUGUAUCUGUGCCGCCAUGCCCAAUAAGAUCACCAUCCUGCGCUACAAUGAGAACCUCUGCAAAUUCUGCAUCCGCAAGGAGAUAGAGACCUCGGAGCCCUGCAGUUGCAUCCACUUUACCGGCUACAGCGUCAUCAUCGGCACCAACAAGUUCUACGAGAUCGAGAUGAAGCAGUAUGUGCUAGAAGAGUUCCUGGAUAAGAAUGAUGUGACGUUGGCGUCUGCUGUGUUUGCCGCAUCCUCCCACAGUUUCCCCAUCUCCAUCAUCCAGCUCUCCUGCUCGCCUAACAAGGACGAGUACCUGCUCUGCUUCCACGAGUUCGGUGUGUUUGUGGACGCGUACGGCCGGCGCAGCCGCAACGAUGACAUCAAGUGGAGCCGGCUGCCUCUCAGCUUCGCCUACCGAGAGCCUUACCUGUUUGUCACCUACUUCAACUCUCUGGAUGUCAUUGAGGUGCAGAGCCACUGUGCCCUGGGGCCCCAUUCCUAUGCCCACCUGGACAUCCCCAACCCCCGCUACCUGGGGCCGGCCAUCUCGUCCGGAGCGGUGUACCUGGCCUCCUCCUACCAGAACAAGCUGAGGGUCAUCUGCUGUAAAGGCAACCUGGCCCAGGAGAACCAGGAGCCCUCCAAGAACGGAUCCACACGCAGCCCCAACAAGCGCGGCCCCCCCACCUACAGCGAGCACAUCUCCAAGCGGCUGGCGUCCGACGCCCUGCACCCCCCUGGCACACCUCACCGCUUCCGUGAGGCGCGCACAGAGUUCCGGCACGACCGCUCGCCAGCCCGCGCCAUGCUGGAGAGAGAGAAGUCACCGGGCAGAGGGUCGGAGAUGCGCGGGGCUGAGCUGAGGCUGGACCGCUCACCGGGCCGCGUCAUGGACCCCCGUAUGGAGCGCUCGCCCGCCCGCAUGGAUGUGCGCAGGGAGAGGUCGCCCGGACGAGGAGCUUACGAGGAGCAGCCCCAGCGGCCACGCCUGCAUGCCCAGUCAGGACGGGCACCCCUCACCACCGUCAACAAGGUAUGGGACCAGUCAUCAGUCUGAGCGACAACAUAUCCACCAAUCAGAAGUGAGGUCCACCUAUCUCAUCACCCGGAAAGAAAUGACCACCAUGUGAAUGACAAAUCAGAAAGUGGGCCGACUGUAGAUGUAACACCACAGGGUAGCAGUCCUAAACUAAACUAAUGUAACAGCACAAUAUUUCCUACGUAGAUGAUCCGACUACAAAAGAUGUCCAACUGUUCUGUGCUACUUCUGGCCCUGCCUAAGUAGACAUCUAAUUCUCUGGGAUGCUUAGUUGAGUCAUCUGGUGUCCCCAAUUCAGAAAGCAAUUUAUUCAUGGGUGAUGGCAGAGGAAAAGAGGGAAAUUAAAAAGUUCUGGCUCUCGUCGUUUGAGCCAGUGACUUUCAUGUUUUUUCCAUUUUUCUCUGCCUUUCACAUUCUCAGCUCUCCUUAUCCCUCUCUCUCUGUCUCUUCUCUUACUCCUGACUAAGCUGUUUGCUUUCAACCCAGCACUCUGCGCAACCCACAAUCGCCAGCACCCUGCCCCGCUGGUCUUUGUGGGGGAAAAAAGGCUAAAAUGAACUUUGUAAAACUUCAGGAUGUCAUUUGACUGUACAUACUCGAAACUCAACUUUUUAUAAGAGACUUAAAGGGAAUAUACGGCUGGUGAAGCCAUAAUAACUAUUUUUGUUAUGUCAAAAAGAGUUUAAAAGAUAUGAAACACAUGAAAAAUGGUGUUUGUAUUGUGCUCUAUCCUUGAAUGUGGAAAUCUUAAAUAUCAACCAUGUAAAAAAAAAAAAUGUCCAGAUGUUUUGCUUCAAGUGGAAUUCAUUUUGCUUGGAUGCCUAGCAGAUUAAUGCACUCCAUCCUGUAAAACAAACAUACUGGCUUAAAAAAAAGGAACUUGAACAUUUCAAUCACUUUUUAUUUUGCUACAGGCUCCCUCCAAUUAUUUUUUUAAGUUAUUGUCUGUUAAGCAUAUAUAUAUUUUUACUGAUUCUAAAACAGGAGAAAGGUAUGGUAUGACUUAAGAUUGUUACUAUAGCAGACGAAAUGAGCUGCACAGCUAGAAACAAGUGGACCGUCUGUCCAACGAGUUCCAUUGUCCUCUCGAUCCGUAGCCAUGGUAAUGUGUGAACCUCAGGACUCUGUUCCUAUGAAAAAGUGCCACGCGGUGCAACAACUGCCCCAGAAAACUAGCCGGCAAGUAUCUCUUCACGCUUUUAAUUCGUAGCAUGUUGGAUGGAAAAGAUUGUGCAAACACACUAAUCUUUUUGACCGUCCUAUUAAUGUUUUGUUUUGUUUUGUUUUUUUAAUGUUUAUUCUACGUUUAUAUUCUAACCAUACCCCACUUUCCUUCUAAAUGCACUUCUCCCAUUGUGCUCUUAAUAAUGCAGAUGUCUAACAACCGCUGACCGAAUUAAGCUUUCCUUGUAGAUUUUUUUUUAUGUUCAAAAAGCAUUAAACAUAAAUACUAUUAAAAAUGAAUCUCUUUCACUGG